AUGCUCAGCGCAUCGAUUUCCCACCGAAAGACCGAACCCCAAGCCUCAACAAUCAAAGAUGGCGACACGAGCUCCGCCGAAACAAUCGCCACAACCACUAUACGUCACGCCAACACAUCUGCGCGAGCAUCCAAAUCCAGAGGACCCAGCCUGCAGUGGUGGCUGAUGGCCAUCCCCUCCUUCCUCAUCUCAGCCCACGGCGCCCUCUUCUUCACCGGCAUGACCCCAGGCGACCCCGAAAUCAAAGCCAGGAUCCUCUCCUCCACCGGCGGAUGCGUCCACAUAGCCGGGUCCUUCGUCGCCAUGGGCCUCGGCCCCUUCCAAUUCCUCCCCUCCCUCCGCCGGCACUACCCCGCGAUCCAUCGCUGGCUCGGCUGGGUCUACGCCGCAGCCGUGACCUUCGGUGGCGUCGCGGCGUUCUAUGUCACCUUCCACAGUCUUGCGCUGCCGUGGGGCAGGGUCGGGUUCGCGCUCUUGGCGUGUGCGUGGCUUGAGACGUUGCGAAGGAGCAUUUUGGCCAUUAGAAGGGAUGCGGAUCUGAAGAGUCAUCGGGCUUGGAUGACGAGGAACUUUGCGCUGACGUAUGCUGCGGCCAUGUUGAGGUGGCAGUUUCCGUUGAUGCUGGUGAGCGGGAUGGAGGCGCGGUUUGCGCUCUCGCUGACGGGGUUCAGUUGUUGGAUUCCGAACCUGGUCUUUGUCGAGUACUUGGUUCUUGGAGGAUUAGCGAAGUAG